AGGUCUUAAGCAGAACUCACUUCCCUUUCUGCUCUUCAUGACGUGCCUGUGAUAAGAGGAGAAACGCAGAGGAGUGAGACCGCCCCAGAGCCGCGGGAUGGGACUGGUGGAGAGAACCGACUCAGUGCUGUAGAGAGACAAGGAGACACCCAGGGCCAGGGAGACUGAACCAUGAACUGACUGGGAAGACACUGAGACUACGGAGAUCAAACAAUAUGCCAACUGAAAAUGAACUGCUUUUAAACUCAGCCUGCUUGCUUCAGAGAGAGUGGCAGCAGCGUUGGGUGCGGAGCGAUGGAGCCCCAGGGUCCCCCCAUGCUCACCCCGUCCCCCACGGAGAAGCGGCGCGCCUGGGUGAGGAGCAGCCGCCACCGGCUCACUCUGGAAGAGGGGGUGAUCCUGCAAGCUUGUGAACCCCAACUCGAUGAGGUCUUCCUGGAAGGAAGCACAGCUGGAAAGAUUGAGAGCUGGCUGCAGGAUUGUGGGUCGGCCACAGAGUUCUUCCCUGAAGACCCGAUCAAUAGAGCCGCUGAAUCUUUUCUGAAAACUGGAUACAGUUUAGAAGAUGACCUGACUUUAGGAGCAGAAGCGAUUGUAUUAAACCGAGCUAAAGAUGAACCAACGCUGGGACAUUAUUCGUUGCUGCCGCCUCCAAGAGCUCGAGGGAAACAGAACAGAGAGAAGGUUCCUCCGGGCUCUCUGACAGAGAAGAUGACUCAGUUCCAGUUCAUGAGCCUGGGAAACAGCAUGGCCUCCAGUGGACUGUCGAGUGGGACCAGUAAGACCGCGUCCAGCGUGUCGGAGAUCCUGGAGCUGUGCUCGGAGGAUGCCGAGGAGACCCUCUAUAACCUGGGCUUCGGGCAGGAUGAGCUGGCGCUCCCGGCCAGGAUUCCCACCAGAUUCUUCAACUUCCCGUCCAGCCUCCAGGGGAUCAACUUCCGACUGUUCCUGGAGUCGCAGCUGCAGCGCGUGCGUGAGGAGGACCCCGGCCUCUCCCUGGCCAGUCGAUUCCGGCAGGUGGAGGUCCUCACCACCAUGGCCAACGCCUUCUACUCCCUCUACUCCCACGUCUCCAAGACCCCCGUCCAGAAGCUGGCCCCUCCAGAGUUCUCCUUCUCCUCUCCCACGGAGAAGAUCAGCCAGCGGUUCAACAGCGUCCGCAGCGAGCCCCGCUCCCCCGUGGACAGACUCAAGGACACCAUCUCCAAGAUGUGCCUGUACACCGGCUCCAGGGAGUCCCUUGGCUCCCCGGGGCCCUCCCCUCGAGCCAGCCCCAGGAAGAGGCGCAGCAUGCCCAACGUGGUGGAGAUGAUCCUGGGGACGUCCGAGGCAGGAACCCCAACGCAGCUGAGCAGGGCCGUGUUCAGGCCAGACCCCGUGGACGAACUUUCAAGCUCCGUUUCUGUAGAGGGUUCUAGAACCCCCGUCAUGGGCUGUGCUCUAGAACCUCUCCGGUGUUCUGAACCAGGAAAGUUCUGCCAGGAUGUUAUCUGCCCUCUAAUUGUGGAAACGGUGCACAAAGAACCCUUUGCUUGUCUGGUUCAUACUGAGAUGGUAGGAACUGCUGGAUCUGUGGGUUUGACUCUGCAGUCUAGAGUCUGCCUUGGUUCGGGUAAGACAACUGGCACAGGAGAGGGGUCCAGCGAAGAGCCCGUCACUGUGAAGGCUGACAGAUGCCUGAGGGAUGGGUGCUUUUCACAGGGUGCUCAGGCGUGCACAGAGAGGGGUACCAGGACUUCUGAAGAUGUUUCUAGGGAUCCUGAGGCAAUCCUCGACCCAGUCUGCAGGAUAACCGUCAACGGCACGGAGGGAGAUUUGGUUGAGGAGCCGGAGCUCUCCGAGAUUGUCGUGGAGCCGUUUGGGGACAGCGAGGGGGGCGGAACCAGUGCAAAGCUAAAAGAAUCCUCCUCGUUCCCAGGGUAUUUGAGUCCUGCCAAGGAGGGAGCUCACACCUUGAAGCAAGAGAACUCUUUCGAGAUGGAGGAGGUUCAGAGCACUGGUGAAGAUGACAUCAGCCUAUCAGAGGCCAGGAAUCGAAUGACCUCAUCUCCUCUGGCAGCUGUGACUACGAGACACAGAGAUGUGAUUCUGCGAGGGGACAGCAUGCAGUCAGACAGCAGUGGCUUUGUGGAGGAUGACCUUCAGAACCAGGGUCAGAACUAGAAGCAGAGCAGACCCAGAACCAGAGCUAAGCAUGCCGGUUCUGUUUCCCAUGUGGAUCGGAACCCGGCACAACUCCUAAGGAUCUGGGUCUGGUACCAGCUGCUUCGAGACCCAAGAAGAGAAACUAAACAGGUUCAAUGAAAGACGUUAAGUCACUGAAAACGUUUGCUGUUGAAUUUCUGACGUUUCUUUCAGCAUUUGUUCUUUCUGUACAAUUUGCACACCAGCGCUGCCCAGGGAGAAACCUACAGCUGUCAAAUUUACAUGCUGCUGUAGAAGCUGUUCUCUGCACGGAAAGGAUUGCACAAUGUUUUAUUAGUGCUUGCCGCUGAUUGUGAGAUAUAUUUUUCUAUUCCUGUUCUGUAGAGAAGUGUGGUGUUCUAUUUAUUUAUAGAAAUGAAUAAAGAGUGUAUUUAUAAU